AUGACUAAUGUUGACUCAAUAACAAACAAAUUUUUUGAUCUAAAAAUUUUUCUACAAAGUUUGGAUGUUGCACCUGAUCUAAUUGCUUUGAGUGAAGUUAAUCCUAAAAAUUUCAAUCAAUGUAGAGUUUUAUCAGAGUUCUGUCUGGAUGAUUACUCAAUCAUUUCUUCUGGUUUUGCUGAACAACACAGAAGAGGUUUAAUGUUGUUUUGUAAGAGAUCAUUACUAUUAACUGAAAUAAAUUUAAAUUCAUCAUUCAAAGAGUACAUAAUAGUUAAACUAUGUGUUUCUAAUAGAGUUUUAAAUAUUCUCUUUGUUUAUAGAAGUCCAAACUCUAAUGUUGGAAAUAAUGAUCUUUUGCUGAAGUUGAUAAAUGAUGUGCUGGCAUUACCUGGUGAAACCCUAUUGUUUGGGGACUUUAAUUUUCCUGACAUUAACUGGGACACGUCCAGUUUUAAAGGUAAUGAUGAGAGGGUUGAAAACAAAUUUUUGGAUCUUCUUAAAGAUAAAUUUUUAAUACAACACAUCAGUCAUCCAACAAGAUUUAGAGAUGGUCAGACAUCAAAUAUCCUGGAUCUGGUGAUUUCAUCCCAGGAAUUUAUAAAUAACAGCAUACAUUACCCACCUCUAGGUAACAGUGAUCACUCAAUUUUGGAAUUCAAGUUGACUGGUUUUUGUUGUUCAGCCAUGGAAUGUGAUAAAAAGUAUUGUUUUGAUUUGGGUGAUUAUAUAAAUUUUAGAAAUGUACUGGGGGUCUUCUUGCAGACAUAA